GAGAAUGCCUCCGAUGAUCCCUUUUACCUUGCGGCGGCCAUUUUGGACCUUGCACACUUGCGCGAGAUCCCGGUGGCCAUCUUGUAUCCUACGUGCUUGCGCCAGAUGGUCGCGGCCAUUUUGUUGGAGCCUGCAAUCCGUGCAGGCUCUCUAGUGCACGCUGAUCCCCUAAUUCACGCGGCGGCUUCCCGCGAAUCGCCUGGUGUGAUCCAACGCACAUAG